AGUAUUUACUUAAACUCACGUUUCAAAAUCUAAAGUAGCUAUCAGAGAUAAAAUUACCGGUAUAUAUACCGGUCUCGUUGUCACAGUAAGACAUCGAGCAAUCAUGUUCAAGUUUGUCGUCCUCGCCGUUCUCGUAGCAUCCGCCGCUGCCAACGUCCGUCCUCGCCUUGAUGGCAGGAUCGUUGGAGGUGAAAAUGUCGACAUCACCGAAUACCCUCACCAGAUCUCCCUCCAGUACUACGGUAGCCACAUUUGCGGUGGUUCCAUCAUCGGCGACAAGUGGGUCGUGACUGCUGCUCACUGCACCGACGGUUCUUCUGCUUCUUCCCUCAGCAUCCUCGCUGGUGUCACCAACUUGAACGACAAUGGUCAACAGAUCAAUGUUCGUGCCAUCCACCAGAACCCCGACUUCUCCAUGAGCAACCUUGACAGCGAUGUCUCCGUUCUUGAGUUGUCCUCUGCUAUCAGCUUGGGAUCCAAUGCCCAACCCAUUACUUUGGCUUCCGAUGGUAGUGACCCAGCUGAAGGUACCGAUGUUAUCUGCACCGGUUGGGGCGCGACUUCCGAAGGUGGUUGGGGCAGUGAUGACCUUAAGGGAGUGAAGGUCCAGAUUGUCGGCCGUGAUCGUUGCAGCGACCAGUAUGGAUCUGGUAUGAUCUCCGAGAGAAUGAUCUGCGCUGGUGUUGACAAGGGUGGUAAGGACGCUUGCCAGGGAGACUCUGGUGGCCCACUCGUUGCUGAUGGUAAACUCGUCGGUAUUGUGUCCUGGGGCUACGGCUGUGCCCGCCCAGACUAUGCUGGUGUCUACUCCAAUGUUGGUGCUCUCCGCAGCUACAUCAAGGAACAAUCCGGUAUCUAAGUAAUUCGUCCAACUUCUUCAUAAUGAAAUGAAAUAAAUUUUAAGCAUAUA